UCCCCCCGAACACCCCGCUAAACCCCCAUCUCCACCGCCUCCGCCUCCGCCUCCGCCAGCCGUCGCGGCGCGUUGCGAUCACCGGCGCGCCCCCAGCCGUGAAGCGAGGCUGGAGGAGGAGGAGUGUUCGGGGAUCACCGAUGGUGCAGCUCCAAGAGGUCCUGGGCAAGCGGCGCGCCCAGCCGACCGCGCCGCUGCAUUCGCCGGCGAUCUUCAGCGUGGAGGCGGAAGGAGUCCACGGCGGCAAUGUCCUUUUGCACAAGCGCGUCAAGGAGAUGCAGGUGCAGCCGUCGCCGCCAUCACAGGACAUGCACAUGCUCCAUGAAAGUAGCCCAUUGGGUUUAAAAUUAAGGAAAAGUCCAUCUCUUUUAGAGCUGAUUCAAAUGAGGCUAGCAAUGGAAAAUUCAAAUAAGAGAGAUAUUAAACCAAAGUCUCUUGCUACUAGUGAACGAAUGAAAGCCUCAAGCUUUGUGGCGAAUUUUCUGAAAAUUGGUACUUGGGAGUACAAAUCACAGUAUGAAGGUGAUUUAGUGGCAAAAUGCUACUUUGCUAAGCAUAAGCUUGUUUGGGAAAUUCUUGAUGCUGGUCUCAAGAGAAAGAUAGAAAUCCAGUGGUCAGAUAUUACUGCUUUGAAGGCAACUUUCCAUGAGAAUGGAAUUGGAAUCUUGGAUCUUGGGUUGGCUCGACCACCAAUUUUCUUCAUGGAGACUGUUCCUCAACCAAGAAAGCAUACAAUGUGGCAGGCUGCAUCAGAUUUCACUGGUGGGCAAGCGUGUUUGAAUAGGAGACAUAUUCUACAGUGCCCAUCAAAUUUAUUAAGUAAGAAUUUUGAAAAGCUUAUUCAGUGUGAUCAACGACUGAAUUAUUUGAGCCGUCAACCAUAUGUGACUCUGGACUCGUCUGUUUUUGGAUCUAAAAUGGAAAGCUCUAUACUAGAAAGUCCAAAUAAAUCGAAGGGUCGCGAUGGUUUUAGUCACUUGGAUGGUGAACAUGAAGCCCAUUUAUCCAAGUGUAUUGACCAUGUAUCGCCAUAUGAUCUUUCUUUGAUGUACAAAAAGGAUGGAAUGAUAGAUGUUACUAUGAACCAACAACAGUCCUUUUCUCAACCAAUUAAUUGGGGAGCCAGCGAUAUAGGUUUCCAAGCUGAUGUAUCUCAAGAACUUAAGAGCCCCCAUUCCAACUCGUUUAGCCAGUUGGAAUCAUCCAUAUCUAUAGAUGAUUUAUUGAGCAAUAUAGGUGAUUGCAUAAUGGAGCAUAAACCUGUAGUAGGGAAUAAUCUUUCAUUGCCCAUUAGUGAUUCAUCAUCCAGUGAAUUAUUGGAGAAGAUUAGCCAGUAUCUUUUGAGUGACUCUCAGGGUCCUCUAGCCUCAGAUGAGGAAUGCCUGAUGGCAAGGGUGAACUCUUUUUGCUCUCCAGAUGUGGUGCCAACCACUUUACCCAAGUUUGAGCCCAAUGACAGCGGCAAUAUUUUUGUGGACUCUGAUGGCUUUGAUGAUGAACUCAGCUCAGCACUUGACAUUGAAACUGCAUAUGGCACAAACGCUCCUACCAUCUCAAGAAAUGAUUAUGAUUCUUAUGGGGAGUUGCCACGGUUCUUAUUCAACGUACCAGAGGAUUUUGAUGGUUGAAAUGGAAUGGAUGGACUUCCAGUUCUCAUUCCUACAAUUAUAUAAUGGUGGCUGAUGACAAGACCGGUUUUUCGGAAAUGCUACAGGAAAAAUUUUGAUACAAUGGUUCUCCUUGUCUGUUGGAUGGUGUGGAAGGAACGAAAUGCCCGUGUCUUCAAUCAAGGUAGCAGAGUGUUUUUGCAGUUGUUCACUGACAUCAAAGAGGAGGUAGCGAUCUGGAAGGCGGCGGAUUUCUUCAGAGUGCCAGAAGGGAUAGGCUGAUAAUUGUUGCGUUCUGUUUGCUGUACUGCCCCUAGAGAGGGCCAAUCUAGCUGUUCCUAAACGGCUUUUUCUUUUAUUCUGUCCGCAGGAACACCCCUGUACUCUGUGUAUUCUGAUCUUAAUGAAAUUUGGAUGGUCCACUUGGCCAUCCCGGCAAAAAGAAAUAUACUUUUAGCAACCCUUUGUAAAUGACUCGUUAGAUUGCGUUGUGUAUUCAUUAGUUCAUUUGUUGAUAAAUCUAGGAUUAAGCCUUCAUGAACUGAAUUCUAUACCAUUUAUCUUAAAUGAAUCUGGUAC